AUGGAGAAACUUCCCAGCGAAAAGGAUGGGAAGCUGGACCAGGCGGGAAAGUCUGAAGAUGAAGUAGAAGCUGAAGCUGAAGGGAAGUCGGAGGAGGAAGAGAACCCUGAAGCAGAGGGGAAGCCAGCAAGCCAGGGCCAGCAGGAGGGCGAGGGAGAGGCAGAGGGGGGGCACCCCCAGGAUGAGGACAAGUCAGGAAAGCAGGGAAAGUCGUCGGAAGAUAUGGGCCAGCCACCAGGUGAGGGCAAGCUACCAGGUGAGGGCAAGGCAGAGCCCCAGGCCAAGGCAGCCAGCAAGGCACGCGCCUCCGAAAAGCGUCUGGCUGAAGAUUAGGUGCCUAAGAAAGCCGAUCACGGGACGGAUGACUCCCCCAAGGACUCUCGGGAGGACUUACAGGACAGGCAUCUGAGCAGUGAGUAGAUGAGAAAGUGUGCAGAUAUGUCCAGGGCUCAGGAAGAGCUAAGGAAAAAACAGAAAAUGGGAGGGUGUCACUGGAUGCAAAGAGAUGCACUAGAUGCAUUCUCCCCAAGGGGCCAGCGGGGUGUCAGUGGAGUGAGGGGCGGAGGAAGGGGCCAAAGAGGUUUACACGAUAUCCCCUACCUUUAACGGCCUUGGCCUUAGAUUCGGACUUCUUUGAUGAGAACUUUGCACACCCUGCUUUUCCUGGUACAUAAGUGCCAGGCCCUGUGCUUUAACUUUAAGCUGAUACUUUGCAUUAGGUGUC